AUGCGGAUCAUUCUAUACAAUCCACGGUUUCCAACAAACCAUCAUGUCCCACCGGAAUUGGAUGCGCUUCCACCACCCGACCAAACGUCUCCUGCCGCUCUAUCCUCUGCAUCUGCACCCUCUCAUGGCAUGUCCACGACGAUGCAAACGAUUCCGACGACAAACAUUUACACAAACGGCACAUCCAAUGGUCUGAACACUGCGACAUCGACAAUCUAUCGUGUAUCGACGACGGGGAUAUCCGUUCAACCGCAACCUACCCCGCAUUCGUCGUCCCGUCCUCGUGUACAUUACGCAAACGAACCCCACCGUCAACCUCGUGCAGCCGGAAGCCACCAUCACCAGCGAUCAACAAGUGGAAACACCCAAGGUUCAGCUCAGGCGAAGCAUCACAAGAGCUCGAGCGGCGGUGGCGAAUCUGGGCUCGAUAGGUCUACAACACCUACACAAAGUAAUACUCUAGCACAAGCAAAGCGACCGCAACUAGAUGAGCUAAGUCCUCGCGACCUCGGAUCAUUGACUCAGGAGCAAAUCGCUCAGCUCCAAGCGAACAUGCUAGAAGAUCUUCAAGAUGCGGAUGCACGUCCUCUAGUUUCGACUGUGCAACCCAUGGAAACACUCAUGAACGAGUAUUCGUCGAAUCCCAACUUUUUGCGAAAAAUGGAGUGGCUCAAGAAGCAAGGUUGGCUUGGGGUUCGAAGAACAAAGGGUGAUGGUGAUUGCUUCUAUCGAUCUUUUGCAUUUGCAUGGGUAGAACGCAUUCUGCGCGCCAAGGACCAAGAAUUUGCUGUGGCGUCGGCCAUCUCGACUCUCAACUCUACGUGGUUAGGACUUAAAGAUGUGGGAUUUGAAACGGUUAUACUUGAGGACUUUUACGAUGUUUUGCGAUCUCUGGUCGAGCAAAUCAUUACACCGGAAGCGGGCGGUCAAGCAUUGAAUGCCUCUCUACUUCUCGAAGCAUUUACCAGUCCGGAAGCAUCGAACUCCAUCGUCUCAUAUGUCAGAAUGCUCACCUCUGCCGAAAUACGUCGUAAUCGGGAAGAUUACGCGGCGUUUAUUGUGCACCCGGAGACACAAGAAGCAAUGCCAGUGGACGAGUUCUGUAAUCAGUUUGUCGAUGCAAUGGGCAAGGAAGCCGAUCAUGUUCAGAUGCAGGCUCUUGCAAAGGCACUUGGUGUCAACCUCUCAGUAGCCUACCUCGAUGGCAACAUUGGCAGUAAUAACGACGACGCAGCGGUAGACUUUGUCAAGUUUGAUAAUGGUGGAGGCAGUGAUGCUAAUGGGAUAGAUGAUGUUGUUCUCUUGUACCGACCUGGUCAUUAUGACAUUCUUGAACACCGUGCGCAUGAGCAUAGACCGAGUGCGGCCAGUACGCUCGUUACUUCCUCUGUCAUGGCGUAG